AUGUUUCAGAUGAACAGAAGUAAUACCGGUGGAUUUGGGACACAAAACACCGGAUCCACAUCACUUUUUGGUCAAAAUAACACAAACCAAGCUACUAGCGCAUUAUCGUUUGGCGCACAGAAUAACCAACAGGCACAGGGAAAUACUGGUGGUCUUUUUGGAACCCAACAGAACAAUCAGCAACAACAACCAGGCGGUGGAUUGUUUGGCCAAAACCAAAACCAAAACCAAAACCAAAACCAAAAUCAACAGCCUGGUGGUGGUUUAUUCGGUCAAAAUCAGACUCAAAACCAAAACCAACAGCAAGCAGGAGGAUUAUUUGGCCAGAAUAACCAGUCAGGUACAAGUGGCGGACUAUUUGGAAGCUCAUCAUCCCAACCUCAACAAGGGUCUACUGGCCUCUUUGGUAACAAACCAGCUGGUAGUACCACUGGAGGACUAUUUGGUCAAUCACAGACACAACAAACACAACCUGGCCAGACAGGCGGUCUUUUUGGAAACAGUAACACCCAAACUGGUGCCACAAAUACUACUGGCAGUUUGUUUGGUUCAAAGCCUGCUGCAAGUGGUGGCUUAUUUGGUAAUCAAGGAGCGAGUAAUACAGCCCCUGCAGCUUCAGGUGGACUCUUUGGGAGUGCACCAACUGCGGCUUCAAACACUGGAGGUGGCCUUUUUGGAAAUAAUCAACAACCUGGUGCUUCUACAUCUACUGGAGGAGGCCUUUUUGGAUCAAAGCCUGCUGGUACUACAACAUCCGGGGGGCUUUUUGGAGCAAAACCAACGGGCACAUCCACUGGUGGCCUCUUUGGAAACACUGCAACCCAACCACAAACUUCUGGGGGCCUCUUUGGAAACAAUAACCAACAAAACACAUUUAGCGGUGGAUCUUUGUCACAACCAUCUUUUGGGCUAUCAAAUACAGCAACACAAGGUACGCUUGGGCAACAGUCAUUGGUUCAACCCCAAAACCAACAGCCUCAAUUGGCCGCACAACAAUUACAAUCCCAACAGCUCUCUCGUUAUCCACAACUAAUACAAGAGCAGAUUUUAAAGUGUAAAGAAUCAUGGGAUUCCAACUCUUAUAAAACUAGCCUCAGAUCUUUUGUUUACAAUAAGGUGAAUGAGACUGAUGCGAUCCUUUAUACCAAACCAACUAAUGUAUCUCAGGAAGAAUGGGACAAGGCGAUUGAGAACAAACCAAGUUCAGACUUGAUUCCUAUCCAAGUAUUUGGAUUUGAAGGCUUGAACAAUAGAAAUCAAAUACAGGUCGAAAAUGUUGCACAAGCUCGGGUAAUACUGAAUCAAAUUCUUGAUAAAACCAAACAACUGCAACAGAGCCAUAGCUUUGAAACCUCGGCUAGAAUAAUGAAAGUACAGGCGCGGAAUGCUCAGAUAGAGAAAAGAAUAUUGAAAUUAGGAACCCAAUUGGCUAUACUAAAGAACAGAAGGUUACCAUUAACUAUUUCGGAAGAGAAAAUGUGGGGUCAAUUCCAGGAAUUACUGAAAUCUAGUAACGACCCUGCCGGACUUGGUAAGACCAAUGAACUAUGGGCAAGACUAGCUGUCUUGAGAGAACGUGCUAAGACAAUCUCGGAGCAACUAGAUAGCAAGUUGGUAAUAAUAGGUGAGAACGGCGGUCAAACAGGAAAGCCAAGCGCAUCAGGCGAUAAUAAUAGAGUGUCAGACGAAGUUUACGAUAGAAUUGACAAGAUUGCCGAGAUAUUAAAGAACCAACAAUCAGGUAUUGCAUACCUGAAUGAUGUACUCGAGAAAGAUAACAAAGCACUUGAUUCUGUCGUAGAGCUAAAGUAA